AUGCAGGCAUACCUUCUUUCACAACAAUUUAGUGGUAGCUCUUUGGCAGAAAACUCCACAACUUGUCCAGAAAAUGCUACUAUUUGUGAUGGCACAUCUUGUGUAUUACCAGAAGAUAAUUUUAAUCAGACUUUGAGCGUAGUUUUAAGUACUGUUCUAACAAUUAUGCUGGCUUUGGUGAUGUUCUCCAUGGGCUGCAAUGUGGAUCUUAAGAAUUUCUUGGGCCACAUAAAAAGACCCUGGGGUAUUUUUGUGGGUUUCCUUUGCCAGUUUGGAAUUAUGCCUCUCACAGCCUUCUUGCUGUCUUUGGCCUUUAACAUCCUUCCUAUUCAAGCUGUCGUGGUGCUGAUCAUGGGAUGCUGUCCAGGAGGCACAGCCUCCAAUGUCAUCGCCUACUGGGUGGAUGGAGACAUGGACCUAAGCAUCAGCAUGACAACUUGCUCCACACUGCUUGCAAUGGGAAUGAUGCCCCUUUGCCUCUUUAUUUACACCAAGAUGUGGACUGAUUCUGAUGCAAUUGUACUCCCCUAUGACAGCAUCGGAAUUUCUCUGGUAGCUCUUGUAAUUCCAGUUUCGAUUGGAAUGUUUGUUAACCACAAAUGGCCUAGUAAAGCAAAAAUCAUACUUAAGGUCGGUUCCAUUGUGGGAGCAAUCCUCAUUGUGCUCAUUGCUGUGGUUGGGGGAAUACUCUACAAAGGCUCCUGGAUUAUCUCACCCAAAUUAUGGAUUAUUGGCACCAUAUUCCCAGCAGCUGGCUAUUCUUUAGGAUUCUUCUUGGCUCGCAUAGCUGGUCUGUCUUGGCACAGAUGUCGUACAGUGUCUCUGGAAACAGGCAUGCAAAAUACUCAGCUAUGUUCAACUAUAGUACAGCUCUCAUUCAGCCCUGAACAACUUGAACUGAUGUUUACUUUCCCACUCAUCUACAGCAUUUUCCAGCUGUUGUUUGCGCUGCUAAUUUUAGGAGGGUACCGUCUUUACAGAAGACACCGUGUCAAACCAAAGACAGAUGUCGAGAAAACAGAGCAAAAAGAGGAUUCCACAUCAAAUGCUAAAAUAAAUGGUGGAUUUGUAUCAAAUGAGACCAAAUAG